UGGUAUAUCGAUAACAGUACAUUUUUAUUUUUCAGCCCUGCAGUAAUUGUCAGUUACAAAUCGAACAUUCUUCUCCUGACCGGAGACGGAAAUAUACCAUAACCAUCAACCUCCCCCACCCUAUCGACCAUCCAUCGUCUCCAUCUGUGGGAAUAAUCAAUACCCACAUACAUACAGCAGCUCCAGCAACAGCAACAACAACAACAACAACUGCGAUAUGGUGUGGUCUAGUGAUAAGCAACAACAGUAGGGCCACAGCCCAGCACCCUAUCCGUCGACCAUCGCCCAUAGUCCACCACCCACCACCCACCGCCCUCAGCAACCGGGAGGAUAAGCAUUCCAGGGAACGAGUAACAAAAAGCAAUUACCAUCGCACAAACUCAAAUUUCCUGUCAUUCCUGUCACCUUGUCACCGGGACGAGCCAUGUCACGCGAGGAACGCAAACCCAUUGUCGAUACCUCCAACAGCAGUAGCUGCAGCAGCGGCGACGAGGAGGUCCAUCCCGUGGUGCGACGUCGCAGUGCCAAGGACACGGAAUUAGCGUGUCCACCCAAGGAUCCAGGAUGCUGCGACCCCUCGAGCACUCCGCAUCGCUUUCUGGCGCUGUUGUUUAUGUGCCUCCUGGGAUUCGGUUCCUAUUUCUGCUACGACAAUCCUGGCGCUCUGCAGGAUGUAUUUCAGAAGGAGCUGGACCUGAACUCCACCGAGUUCACCCUCAUCUACUCCAUCUACUCAUGGCCAAACAUUGUGCUGUGCUUUGUGGGAGGCUUCCUGAUCGAUCGGGUCUUCGGCAUCCGCCUGGGCACCAUCAUCUACAUGCUGAUCGUGUUGGUGGGCCAGCUCAUCUUCGCCACCGGCGGAGUGCUGGGCCACUUCUGGCUGAUGAUCGUGGGACGAUUUGUGUUCGGCAUUGGGGCUGAGUCGCUGGCUGUGGCCCAAAACAGCUAUGCGGUGCUGUGGUUCAAGGGCAAGGAGCUGAACAUGGUCUUCGGACUCCAGUUGUCGGUGGCGCGCUUCGGCAGUACCGUCAACUUCUGGAUAAUGCAACCUCUCUACGGCUACGUCUCGAAAUCGUACUCUGGCUAUACCGGACUGGGAGUAGCUCUGUUCCUGGCCUCCUCCACUUGUGUUAUGUCCUUGCUGUGCACUCUGAUCCUAGGAUGGAUGGACAAACGAGCGGAACGAAUUCUGAAGCGAAACAACAAUCCUGGCGGGGAGAUCGCCAAGCUGAGUGACAUAGUAACUUUUAAACUGGACUUCUGGAUGGUGUCGGUGGUGUGCGUUGCCUAUUACGUGGCCAUAUUUCCAUUUGUGGCGCUGGGGCAGUCCUUCUUCGUCAACCACUUCCACAUGACCCCGGACGAGGCCAACACCGUCAACUCUAUAGUCUACCUGAUCUCGGCAAUAGCAUCCCCCUUGUUUGGCUUUGUGAUCGACAAGGUGGGCAGGAAUGUGACCUGGGUGUUCUGCGCCACCAUAUCCACGCUGCUGGCCCACUUCCUGCUGACCUUCACUCACCUGGACCCCUACAUCGGCAUGAGCAUCAUGGGCCUAUCCUACUCGAUGCUGGCAGCCAGUCUGUGGCCUCUGGUAUCCCUUAUUGUGCCCGAAUACCAACUGGGCACGGCCUAUGGCUUUUGCCAGUCUGUGCAGAAUCUGGGACUAGCAGUGGUCACCGUGGUGGCCGGAAUGAUAGUGGACAGCAGCGGAGGCAGUCAUUUCUGGCUGCAGAUCUUCUUCAUGUUCUUCCUGCUGAUUUCUUUGCUGGCAACGUGCGCCAUAUGGGCCUACAACCGGAAGCACCAGGGCAACCUGAACAUGUCCCCCGCCCAGCGAUCCACAUAUCACACCUCGAUCUCAAUGCAGAGCCCAUUCGUGGACCGUCGGCCUCUUUUGGGCAGCCAAGUACACUGAGAAAAUAACCAAUCUGAAACUAUUUACCAAUUGUGAUGUUAAGGCCAUCUCUUUGAACUUGACUUGUUAUUCAACUUGGAGCACAUACUUCUAGUCGCACAUUCGUCGUGGUCGUGGUUCAAUCGGUUAACUCCCUAGCCAAUAUUCUAAUAUACAUAUCAACUCUUUAAUUAAUGUUGUAUUUACGGUUUUGUUGUAUAUGUUGAAUAUAUUGUACUAUAACUAACUAAAUAAUAAAUAGUGUUUAGUGUUUUUGGGAUAAGGGAAAUAACAGAAAAUAAACAAAAAUCCAUUUUUGAUCUUGAUUCCAUUUUAUUAUUCCUUGCGAAUAUAUUUUUGAAGAAUAUAUGAUUUGUAUUUUUUUUUACAAAAUAAAUUAAAUAAAUUAACUAAAUCAUAAACAGAAAUUCAAAGAAUUUUGGUGUUGUUUUCGUUUGUUAUAUCCUCUCACAUUGAAUCGAAACAAAAUUUGAUAAAAAAUAGUAUGAUGCAUAGACUAGAGAAAACAAAAAUACAAUUGAAAAUCUUGAAAAUGAUAUUCAGAGCAAGUUUCAAAAAGAAAUCUAAAUAAUAAAAACACACAUGAAUUAAUACAUUUUCUUUUCAGUUUUGAGAAUUGUUUGGUCGUUUGGUUUUUGGGCGAAACAAAGUUUUUUUUUAAGAAACAUGAGAAACUAAUUUCAAAUAAAAAAUGUUUCAAUCUCUAUUGAGUCACUAAAAAUGCAUUUCAUUUAAUUCAGGCCAUUUCAGACUUGGCCGCUUCGCAACAAUUGCUUCGAGCCUGUCCAGAUAGCUGCAUUUUCUUUCCUUUUUUUUUU